AUGAUGCGGCGGGCUGUUGUGCAAACCGCCCAGAGUAUAAGGAGCCUUGGCCGAUGCUACGCCAACUCCAUCCUCCAGCUGGAGACAGAAAUGUUUGAGAAGUUCUUCCGGCAGAUCGAACCCAAGGACUUGGUGCCGGAGAAACAUGGCUCGUCGCUGGACUUGGGACAAGUGGCCUACAUACGAGGCAGACGCAAAUCUAAGUCCCGAAUGACGACAGACCGCCUGAUCUGCCUGACGGUGGAGCAGAAAUGCGACAUCGCUCAGAGAGAGCUUGAGGAGACCAAGGAAGACACUCAGCGGAUGAAGGAGAGAUCGGAGAAGAUCUUGCAGAAUUACCUGGCUGUCCUGGAGGAAGCAGACAUUCGCAUAGCUGACAUUAAGAGAGCCAUGGUGGAUUUUGACAAAGGAAUAGUCAAGACCAUCACCAAGAAGAAGGGGAGCGUCAUCGCCUCUGAUAAGGUCCUGCGGUACAUGGAAGACCGGAUUCGCUCCAGGGAUGCCCUGAAAGAGAAAAUCCGCUUGAAGAACGACUCCUUAAAAGUCCAGAGGAAGAAGUUGCAGCUGCAGCUCAAGCAGAAGGAGGAGCUGGGGGAGGCGCUUCACGAGGUGGAUUUCCAGCAGCUGAAGAUUGAGAAUGCUCAGUUCGUGGAGAAGAUCGACGAACGCAACCAGGAGCUGCUGCAGCUGAAGCUGACGGUGGGCAGCACCCUGCAGGUCCUCAACUUCUACAAGAAGAAACUGCAAAGUGCCACAGCCCUGGCCAGCCAGCUGGUGAAAGACAUGGCCCAGAGAAAGGAAUCGUUGGAAAAAAUCGAGCACGAAGCCAUCCUUGUUGGGGAGGAGAGGGAUACGUCCGAGGUCCUGAACAAAAAGCUACGGAAGCAGCUCGCAGAAUACAGAGUACCCCCCAUCCUUGACUAUGUCCAUGAGAAAAUGCAAGUCCAGGAACUAAGGAACACCAUCCGGAUCUGGGAGCGGAAGGUGGAAAUUGCAGAGAUGGCUUUGCAGAGCUACCGCAGUGUUUGGCACAAGGCAAAAAUGGCCAGUCACCAGCUGCAGGCUCUUCUCCCUCCGCAAGGGGCCCACUGAGAGAGGAGAGAGGCAGGAAGAGGACUUGCCAGGGGUCUUUGGAAAAGAGCCAGGCCCCACACGUCACCUUUCCGCCUUUCCAGCUCCCCUGUCCCUGACCAAACAUUUGCACCAGGGCCUCACCACCAAACCCUUACAUUUCUCAACGGCCUUUUGGGUCUCCAGGUGCAGCGUCACUUUGUAGAAAUAAGGUCGGGCAGGUGUGCACGAUAAAACUGGAACAAUGCAGAGAGAAAUACAUUGCGGUUUAAUCUAC